UCUAUGCGUUUGUAGAUGAAAAAUUGUAAAUGUUGGCAACAAAUCUUAAUAAUUUCGUAGAAUGUAGAAAGAGAGUUUAUAGAAGGCAUGUUAUUAAUAUGGCAUACAUGUAAAUAGUCAUGCUAAUCAAAAGCGAACUUUGCAUAUAAUUUGGAUCAGCAGACGAUUUAUUGCCGAUCUCGCGGAGAAUUCCGGAGAUAGUCGGUGUAUCACUUGCUAACUCCAGACGAGAAUGGCCGAGCGGUUCCGACCUGAGACGGAAAAUGCACGAAGGGUGUAGCACGAAAUAAGAACGCAAAUCUAGUCAGUUGAAAGAGUGUUUUUUGAUGCGUAGAUACUGUCAGGUAGACCGCAUAGCAUAACUGAUUCCAGGAAAAUUGAUUUGGGUAUGGAUUAGUUCAAUUAUUGCAAUUGGUUUUGCAAAACAACAUUUUAUUAUUAAAAUAAUGUGUUAAUUGAGUGUUGCUGGACUAGAUUUUGGAGGAUAUUUCAACCAUAUCACCGGCAAUCUUGACCAGAAUCCUAUCUUACAUGCUCACUCAGACUACAGGUUAUUGAUUAAUAUAAAUAACUGGAUAUAACUCAAUUUCGGAAUAACACAAUCUGAAGCCAUGUUAGCUGCAAGACAAUUGGUCCAUGUGAUCAACCUCCAGCGAAUGGGAUUCGUCUGUGCAUUUGACGUGCAAAUGCGCUAUGCUAGAUACCAUCUUGAUGAAUUAGCUUCCAGGCCUUAUGCCCAAGGUAUUGACGUUUUACUGUUAGUGGAACACAACCCUGUGUAUACUGUUGGCCUUAGAGACAAAUCUUAUUCCAAAGAGGAUGAGGAAAAAUUGCGCGCAACUGGAGCCGAAUUUCAUCGCACUAAUCGAGGAGGCCUUAUUACGUUUCAUGGUCCCGGUCAGUUGGUUGCCUACCCCAUAAUCAACCUUAAACAUUUCAAACUGGGCAUGCGAGAUUACGUGUGUAAGCUAGAGAAGACUAUGAUUGACACUUGCGGGUUUUACGGCCUGAAAGCAACAACAACCAAAGAUACUGGAGUGUGGAUUGAAGAUCGCAAAGUGGGUGCUGUUGGCAUUCACGGCAGUCGCUUUAUCACCACGCAUGGCGUUUCCCUAAACUGUAACACCGACCUGACCUGGUUCGACCACAUCGUGCCUUGUGGACUGGAGGGGAAAACCACAACCUCCCUAUCAAAAGAGCUGCAGAAGAAGGUGUGCAUCACACAGACUAUUCCAGUGUUUCUUAAAGCCUUCCAGGAGAGAUUUGGGUGUGAACUUACGGAGAUGUUUUUGGUUACGCAGGACCAUAAUCUGAUGCCUACCCCUGAAAACUUGCGAAAGGCCGAAGUGGUUUGACUUGCAUAAUAAGGAGCCAUGCUUUGUAUCCCCCACCAAAGGCAGAGGGAUAUAGAAUUGGUGCUGUUCUUCUGUAAGUUCAACCGUCACAAAAUUUUGAAAUUGGCGGGAAUAUCCAACCAAUUAAAUUGGUUUUGCUUGUUGAAUUUGCUUGUUUAAAAUGCAUGAAGGACCAAAACUCUGUGAAAAUGAUCAAAGAAAGCAAUUGGUAAGUAUGGCACGAAAAACGUCUUCUCAAAUUUUACAAAAAGGUAAACCAUAGUUCAUGUACAUUAAAGUUGUUUGUUAAUCAGUUUACCGGGUAUAUUUAUUUCUUUUAAUGAUAAUUGUUUUUGCCACAAACCUUCCCAAACUUUUGUUGAAUGUUUACAGUCUCCUAUUUAAAAAAAAACUUCAAUGAGGUUAGAUAUCAACAGAUUAUCUGUGGAGAAAUUCUUUAUAGUUAACACUUUGCAUGCUGGGAAAUUUGUCGUCUGCUAAAAUGUUGUCUGCUGAAUUUCUAAAAUUAGCAUUUUCUUCGAUUUUUUUUAAGCAAACAGUUUGGAUCCUGUUGAGACGCCACGUUCUGUGGCGUCUCAUCUGGAUCCAAACUGUUUGCAAAUGCCUUUAAAAUCGGUUCCAGCGCUGAAAGGGUUAAUUACUAAAUCAGAUAAUAACAUUGACAGCUUUGUGCUAAAAAAAUGUUUGGUCAAUUAUGUGCUUGAAGUUUCUUGCUGAGCUUUUGAACUUUUAAAUUUUAACCCUUAAAGCGCUGGAGCUGAAUUUUAAAGGCCUUUGCAAACAGUUUGGAUCCAGAUGAGACGCCACAGAACGUGGCGUCUCAUCAGGAUCCAAACUGUUUGCUAUUCUGAUAGUAUUCUUUGAAAAAAAUUGAAGAAAAUGCUAAUUUUAGAAAUUCUGCAGACGACAUUUUAGCAGACGACAAAUUUCCCAGCAUGCAAAGGGUUAAGGGUACAUGUAGUUAUUAACUGUGUACAACUCAAAUAAAUAAGAGUACUUUACUUGAUACAUCCAAAAUGGUGGGGAAUUAUUGGAUUCUGUGAUUGAAGGUAUCAAAAUCAUGUUAAAUUAGACUGAAUAAUAUGAACAUUUCGUAGGGAAUUCUGAAAUUGUUUGAAUCUGGUAAAUGCAAAUUUGUAUACUGUUUUACUAGAGUAACUGUUGCUAGCUGACAUGAGCACAGGUGCUUCAUGGUGAGCUUUUGUGAUCUCUUUUGUCAGUCAUGCAUUGUCAACAUUUGCCUUGUUAACACUAUAGAGUCCACAUUUAUUGUCUGAUCUUCAUGAAACUUGGUCAGAAGAUUUGUCCAAAUGGUAUCUUGAAUAAGUUUUGGUUGUAGUUGGUUGCAAAACAUAUUACCCCCAGUGGGCUAGGCAUUUUUCCUUAUAUGGCUAUAGUGAAACCUUGUUAACGCUCUAAAAGUCUCAUUCAAAGUCUUAUCAUCAUGAAACUUGGUCAGAACAUUUAAAAAAAAAAAUAUCUUGGAUGAGUUCGAAUAAGGUUACUGUCUGUUGAAAAACAUGGUCGUCUAGGGGCAUGGCAAAUUUUCUUAUAUGGCUAUAGUAAAACCUUGAUAACACUCUAGAGGCCUCAUUUAUUGUUGGCUCUUCACGAAACUUGCUCAGAAGAUUUGCCCAAUGAUAUCUUGGACGAGUUGAAAAAUGGUUCAGGCUGGUUUAAAAAUAUGGCCGCAUCGGGCUGGGGCAUUUUUCCUUAUAUGGCUAUAGUAAAACUGUUAACACUUUAGAGGCCACAUUUAUUGUCCGAUCUUCAUGAAAAGUGGUCAGAAGAUUUGUCCCAAUUAUAUCUUGGAUGAUUUUGAACAUUGUACCGGUUGAUUGAAAACAUGACCCGAAGGGAGGGAGCGGGGCUUUUGUCCUUAUAUGGCUAUAGUAAAACCUUGUUAACACUCUAUAAGUCCCAUUUAUAGUUCAAUCUUCAUGAAACUUGGUCAGAAUAUUUGUUCCAAUGAUAUCUUUGCCUGGACAGAACAGGUAAUUUCCUUUGUAUCUCAAGUGAGCAACUUUGCGCCUUUCAGGGCGGCCCUCUUGUUUAAAAUUAGUAUGCUGGUCUUAUAUGCACUUUUUGGUAUCCAGAAUCUAAAUGAUAGACUAUAAGUAAUAUGUGGACAGUGAUGAUUGAAAAUGUGUUUCCAAAUGCAAAUUUUGCAGAUACACACUCAUGAGAACUUAACCAUUAAACUGUUUUUUGUCGUAAGGUCCUUAAAUAAAACUGUUAAAUGUUCAAGUUUCAUUUUCUAUUUGUUAAGUAUUUAUCCAUAUAUGUGAUUUUACAAUAUUAAGUGUUUGUUAGCCUGACUUGUAAAGUUGUCAUGUCAAUGUUAUUUCAGUGUUUUGUUUGUUAACAUAUUUAUUGUUUACAAACAGGUUGUUUAAGUCAUGUAAACAGUGAUAUUAUAAGUAUUAAGUGCUUUGAAAUUUAAAUGCUUUGCAGAAAAUGUUUUGUUAAACGAUUUUUGUUUUGUUUACCAGUGUGUGAUUUUUGUAUGUGUGUUAACAUCAAUAAUUAUGUUGUAUCUUCAGUUUAUCAUUGAAACUUUAAAUAAUGUAAUAUACAUGUGCUGGUCUCUGGGAAAAUAGGGCUUAACACAUGGCAGUAAAGUAUUGUCCCAGAUUGGCCUGUGCCAUCCCCACAGGCUUAUCAGGGAGGAUGCUCUUCGCCUAGACAGAAUGUUUGUUUAGAAGAAAGUUUAUUUCUAGUCAGGGACAUGAGUUUAGCCAGCGGGCGGUUAUAUAUGUAUGUUGUCCCAACUUAUUUUGUGUCGGUGCAUGUGUUUGAAAAUGGACUUUUUAAUAACAUUGCGCAAUGAGUUUUAAUGAAAUUUUCUUAUUUUACAAUACUGGUAAUUUACUGUAUUAAACUUUUGAGAUGAAAUGUUUUUGGUCCUCAAGGUAGAACAGCCAGCCACCUAAUGAGAAUUAAAUUUAUUUGUUCUAACCUAUAAAGCUUGAAAAAAAGGACAUACAAAAGAAAAAACUAUAAGUUAAGGUUAAAGCUGUGGUUUGCUGCCAGGCGUAUGCUAUACAUUUUUAGCUCAUCUAUUUUUUGAAAAAAAAUUAAGAGCUAUUGUCAUCACCUUGGCGUCGGUGUCCGGUUAAGUUUUGUGUUUAGGUCCACUUUUCUUAUAAAGUAUCAAAGCUAUUGCAUUCAAACUUGGUAUACUUGCUUACUAUCAUGAGGGGACUGGGCAGGCAAAGUUAGAUAACUCUGGUGUGCAUUUUGACAGAAUUAUGUGCCCUAUUUAUACUUUGAAAAUUUGGUUAAGUUUUGUGUUUUGGUCCACUUUAUUCCUUAAGUAUCGAAGCUAUUGCUUUCAUACUUGCAACACUUGCUAACUAUCAUAAGGGGACCGUGCAGGCAAAGUUAAGUAACUCUGACUGGCAUUUUGACAGAAUUAUGUCCCCUUUAUACUUAGAAAAUUGAAAAUUUCAUUAAGUUUUGUGUUUUGGUCCACUUUACUCCUAAAGUAUCAUAGCUAAUUUUUGCUUUCAGACUUGAAACAAUCGCAAACUAUCAUAAGGGGACUGUACAGGACAAGUUGCAUAACUCUGGUUGUCAUUUUGACGAAAUUAUGGCCCUUUUUUUACUUAGUAACUUUGAAUAUAUGGUUAAAUGUUGUGUUUACAUCCACUUUACUUCUAAAGUAUCAAGGCUAUUGCUUUCAAACUUCAAAUACUUUACCUUGACCUUUGAAUGACCUUGACUGUCCAGGUCAAAUAAUUUAAUUUUGCUAAAAUUGCCAUGACUUUGUUAUUUAUGAUCAGAUUUGAUUGAUACUUUGACAAAACAACUAUUACCUGACAUACUACAAUAGCCUGCACCCAAACCAUCCCCCAUGCCCCCCAGAACCCCCCCCCCCCAUGAAACAUGGUUAAAAAACAAAAAAAAUUGACCGUCCAACUAUCCUACCCAAGAAUCCCCCCCCCCCCACACACACACACUUUUUAAAAAUUUUUUUUUGCAUUUUUAUUUCUUAUUUUUGGAAGAUAAUUUAAUAAAUGACAACACCCCCACACUAUACACUCCUCUCCACCCACCCCUCCAUCUUUUUUGAUUGAAGUAUUGAGAUAGGUCCCUUCACCUUUAAAAAGAAAAAUGGAUUGAGCGGUCUGCACCCCCAAGGCGGUGCUCUUGUUCUGUUUUGACAUAAAAAAAUCAAUGUUAUUUGUUAUUGAUUGUAAUUUUAUGUAGAGUUUUUGAUGUGUAUUGGUCUUUAAUUUUGUUUUUGAGUUUGUUAAAAGAUUGUAAAAAGUUAAAAAACAGAUAUAAAAGAAAUAAUGUUAAACUCUUGUGUAUAUUUGAAAUAUUUGAUGAAAAGUGUCAGUUUCCUGCUUUAAGUUUUAAGUGUUUGUUUAUUUUAGUGAAACCCACUAGUGUUGGCCGUGUGGCCCAGUCACUAAAACACUAUCAGUAUGUCAUAAAACAACAUUUUUCAUCAAUUUGACAAAACUAAAUCUGAUAUUAUAUCAGAUUUUUUAAAUUAUUCUACAAAGGUGACACUAUUUGUAUCAUUUAAGCCUGGGCGCACACUUCAUUAAACCUGAUUCAUUAUAAAACAUUUGGUAGUUUAAAAGCAGUAAUUGCAAUCAUGAAAGUAUGCUGGUGUUGUUUUGACAUCAAUAAUCAAAAUUAUUGUCAAUAUGUGUUUUCAUUAAAAUGGAGGCAUCACAGUUAACCAGUUAUCAUUUAAUUCUCCAAAUCUGCAGUAUUUAUUACUAUCACUUUAGUUGUGCCGUUAAAUAUAACAGUCAAUAUUCGUUGUAUGCGAAAUGAAAUUUAAAUUACAUCUAGUUCAAUGUUUUAUGAAAUGAUUUAUUUAACAUUGUCAUCAAUGAAGUCUGUUUGGGGGAAAUUUGAAGAAAAAAAUGUCAUAAAAAUUAUGGAUGACUUAAUUUGAAAUGUAUUGUUUAUGGUUUAGAUUUGUGCAUGACCUUCUCUAAACAUCAUCAUGAAAUCACUUGGUGAUUCCUAUUAUUACAAAAUAUGUGUGUAUGUAUAAUAACAAAUAGUUAAUGAGAUUUGCGUACAUAUUUUGUGUAUUAAUAUUUGUGAAUCAUUUUAACAUUAUGGUUUUCACAAUAUGUUUGCUCAAUAAAUAAACAAUCAGAGUCUU